AUCAAUGGACAGUCAUGCAGAGCUGUCGACAGAAACUGUCAGUCAUCAUUUGCAGCCUCUUGACAGGCCUUCGGCUCAAAAAGACUCUGAUAUGGAAUUAGACAAUGGCAAUGAAGUUGUUGAUGAUUCAGAGUCUGAUGUGGGAUCAGAAAUUUGGCCAUUUCCAUUUCUAAGGUCCAGGAAUAUCCAAAUUCAUGAACCAGAUGAAAAGGAUAAAUUCGAAGAUUGUGAUGACAAUGUUCUGGAUCCAGAUUAUCACCCUGAAGAAGACUCGCAGGAAAGUGAUAGUGACUGUGGCAACCUGAGAGAUAACUUUGGGAAAACAGGGAAAAAGAAACAGGUGCAUAGACCAUGUUAUUGUCAAGAGAAUGCUGCAUUGCUUGAUGCAUUUUCCUCCUACCUAGUCCCGAACUGCAGGCAUCUACCUAGGGAAAACGGGAAAUAAUGAAAGUUCAGGACAACUGCAAAGCACUUGGAAACAGAACAUGGAUGAACAUCAAGUAUCAGCUGAAAUAAUGCAGUGUAAAAUUUGAGUGUGAUUGACACUUAAUAAAACUUAGGAGGGGCAUUUCUGAAAUUCUGAGAAUGUGUGCAUAUAUUGUUAACUACUACAGCCUUCU